AUUGUUCUUCAACAGCAGAUAGCGACGAACAACGGUCUGACGCUACAGCCUUUGAAAUGGCGUUGAUGUAGUUCAAUACGCCGUUAUUUGUAGUUAUUAUGCUCGUUUGGGUCGCUUCAGUUUUUAGUUUUCUGUUUCAGUGAAUUUCUGCGUCUGGCCUCUUUUUAUUUGGUCAAUACGGAGUUGAUAAACAAAAAUGUGGUAAAGUAAACUGCUAAUCAUUUACGUUGCAUAAUAAGGCCGCAGCUGCCUCCGAGCUCGCGUAGGGAUUACAGCGGCUUUUGAGUGCGUGGCCUGCCGCAGCUACAUGUCGGCUUCCAAAGUGGACAUGUGAAUCAGUAACAAGACUCUGCGAGUGAAGUGACAGACGUACAACUCCCUGCAAGAGCAGCAUUACCUCGACUACAUAGUCGAUAAAGCCUUUAGUUUGUUAAAUAGUCAUUUCCAUAUAAAUUAGGCUUUGACGCAUCCAAAAUUAAUAAGUGUUGACCAGCCGGCACACAUACAAAAUAUGGCAUCGGUGCCAGUGUACUGCCUGUGUCGCCUGCCAUACGAUGUGACACGCUUCAUGAUCGAAUGUGACAUUUGUCAAGACUGGUUUCAUGGAAGCUGUGUCGGAGUGGAGGAGGACAAAGCAGCAGAGAUUGACCUGUAUCACUGCCCCAAUUGUCAGGUCACUCAUGGGCCAUCUGUCAUGCGCAAACGCCGUGGAGGACAUAAGCAGACAGAUACUACUGCUGGAACAAGAGAUCCAAGUCGGCCUGUUAAGACCGGCAGCCCACAGUUUGUUAGAGAGUUACGCAGCCGCACCUUCCCAAAUGCGGAUGAAGUCUUGCUAAAGCCGUCUGGGGCUCAGCUCACAGUCGAGUUUCUGGAAGAACAUUCAUUCAGUGUUCCUGUCAUGGUGCUGAGGCGGGAUGGUCUUGGAAUGACCCUUCCUCCAUCAUCAUUCGGCGUCAGUGAUGUGGAGCACUACAUUGGCGCAGACAAAGAGAUUGAUGUUAUUGAUGUGUCUCGUCAAUGUGACCUGAAGAUGCGGUUGGGAGACUUUGCUGAAUACUAUAACAGCCCAAACAGAGACAAAGUGCUCAAUGUCAUCAGCCUGGAGUUCUCUGAGACAAGGCUGUCAAACUUGGUGGAGACUCCAAAGAUUGUGAGGAAACUGUCAUGGGUGGAAAACCUUUGGCCUGAAGAGUCUGUGUUUGAGCGCCCCAACGUGCAGAAAUACUGCCUAAUGGGAGUGAAAGAUAGCUACACAGACUUCCACAUCGACUUUGGGGGCACCUCCGUAUGGUACCAUGUCCUAAGGGGUGAGAAAAUCUUCUACCUAAUUUCGCCAACCCCAGCCAACUUGGCACUUUUUGAACGGUGGAGUUCCUCGUCGAACCAGAAUGAGUUGUUCUUUGGAGACCAGGUCGAUAUGUGUUACAAGUGUUCUGUCAAACAAGGAAACACCUUGUUCAUACCAACAGGGUGGAUUCAUGCUGUGCUGACUCCAGUGGACUGUCUGGCCUUUGGAGGAAACUUCUUACAUAGCCUCAACAUUGACAUGCAGCUGCGGGCAUAUGAAAUCGAGAAGAGAUUAAGCACAGCAGACCUGUUCAGAUUUCCCAACUUUGAGACUGUGUGCUGGUAUGUUGGGAAGCACCUUCUCGAUACUUUCAGAGGUUUGAGAGAAAACCGCAGACACCCCGCCACUUACCUAGUUCACGGAGCAAAGGCACUGAAUAAUGCUUUCCGCGGCUGGACCCGUAAAGAGGCUUUAGCAGAUCAUGAAGUAGAAAUUCCAGAAACCAUCAAUACACAGACAUUAGUGAAGGACCUGGCCAAGGAGAUUCGUCUGGUUGAGGACAUCUUCCAGCAAAACAUUGGCCGCACUGGAGCUCAGUUUCCUGGUUCGCCACUCUCUAAAGCUCCCCUGACCACCUCUCAGAAUUCAGGACGCCCCCCUGGAAAAAAGAAAGCACCCAAGCCCAAGGAGGUGAUAGGGGGUCUUGGGCCCCCAGGAACCAAAAAAAAGGGUCAGAAGGCGCUAGUAAAGGCAGAAGCAGGAGAACUUGAUCUGAUUGAGAUUCACACCAAACAUACGCUCAAGAAAUUUCAACCUGGCAAGGCCAAAAACAAGAACAAGUUGGAGUUGCCUUUAGAGGAGUUUGAGGGGAAGUUGAAUAAAAGCAAACUAAAACUUGUGCUGACCAAUGGGAAAAUCCAAGGUAAGAAGAACGGCAGCAAGAAUGGUGCAGGAAGUGCGGGGAGCUACAAACAUCUAGCCAUGGAGGGAUCCAGUCUGUCUGACUUGGAGUCUGAGGAUGAGCUGCAGAUUGACGAGACCCCUCCUCCGCGACGUAAGCCUGCAGGACCAAGCAAGAAAAAGAAACUAAGUGGUCUUCCCAGGAAGUUGCCCAGAGCGAAACCCUGCUCUGAUCCUAAUCGCAUCAGGGAACCAGGAGAAGUAGACUUUGACAUUGAGGAGGAUUAUACCACAGAUGAGGAGGCGCUAGCCGCCCACGGAGUGAAGGGUGGUGCAGGGGGCAUCCUGGACUUAUUGAAGGCCAGCAAGCAAGUGGCAGGCUUGGACUCUGCAACACUCAGUGAGGAAGCCCCAGCCUCUCCCAGUACCCGGGAUGCCAUUCAGGGUAUGCUGUCCAUGGCCAACCCCCCUUCCUCGUCCUCAUCUUCCUCCUCUUCGUCUCCCUUAUCUAUAUCUGGGGGCCUGACAGAGGGAUUAGGGAAGGUCAAAGAAAAAGGUGGCAGAGCUGUAUGGGUGACUGGAGGGGUCAAAAAGACAUCAAGUCCUGAGAAAAAACCUGUCAUCCAGCGGCCUGGAAAACGGCCAAUUAAACGGCCAGCCCGUCACCUGAGUGACGAGGAGAGUCCAGAUGAGCAAGAGACUCUGGGAACCUGUUUUAAAGAUUCAGACUAUGUUUACCCGUCCUUGGAGUCUGACGAGGAGGACCAUGCUAACAAGGCUAAGAUGAAGCGGAAGAAAAACUGGGAUGACACACCAUGGAGCCCAAAAGCCAGGGUGAUGCCCACCCUUCCCAAACAGGAACGGCCAGCCAGAGAAGGGGCUAGAGUUGCAUCUGUAGAAACAGGUCUUGCAGCAGCUGCUGCCAAGCUGGCACAACAAGAGCAGCAAAAGCCUGCGAAAAGGAAGUACACCAAAAAGCAACGUCCUCCCGCUCCUGCAGUCACUUCUCCCCCUGUUCAAGCUGAGCCAGCUCCACCCUCACCACCACCUCCUCCAGAAUCUGCACCAGACUUCAGUCCAGACAGGAGGAUGGAUUACUACUCUGCUAGUCUGUUAGACCAUGAAUACACAGCAGGACCGGGACCUUUUGGCCCUGGAGGCCCAAGAGGCAGCGGAGCCAUGGCCCCUGGUGUAUUCCUCACUUCACGCCGACCUUCACUGUCUCCGCAGAACAGCAGCUCUCACUCUGGUACAUCCCCUGCGGGUUUAGCCAGCCAAGGCACAACCGGAGUUGGUCAAGGGAAACGUCCAAAGAAAGGACUUGCAACUGCAAAACAGAGACUAGGAAAAAUUCUGAAAAUUCACCGUAACGGCAAACUUCUCUUGUGAGAGAAGUUGGAACACGUGGCUGAAGACUUUUAGGUGGGAAUGAAGAAAAUGGCUUUUGUGAAAGUAGGUCUGAAGGAAAUAGAGCUAGUGAUCUAUAUUUUGUACUCUAGAUAAAUUUGUUUACUGUUUUCACCUGUUAUCAAACCUCACUAUAGCUUGUCCAUUUACUCUGUUCAUCUAAUUAGGAGCCUGUUUUGGCACUCCACUUAUUCAUAUCUGCAUAAAGGUAUUUUCAGAGGCACUUCUGUGACUUUGAACAAAUCACUGGAAUGUGCACUAAAUGCACACUUAAUGUGGUAAAGAACUCUUUAAUGAUCACAUAUCAUUUGACAUUGGCAAAGGGACAUUGUGUAACACACAUUUGAAUAUGACGGUGGUGAUUUAACUAGAUAAACUAAAUUGACUAAACCUGAUUUGUUAUUUUUGUUCAGUGGCUCGAUUUAUGCAAAGACAUCCUAGUGUCCAUCAUACAUUUUUAAAAGGGAAAGAAAGGCAACACAUUUUCUAGUCAGGUAAAAUGUCUGUAGCCCUCACACAAUCUCAAAAACACACUGUUGAAAAGUGUUACCUCAUUUUUACCUCAUAAAACACAUUCUUGUGUGUUAUGAUGAUAACAGGAUACAAAUCUUUACACACAACAGUUUUGCAAAAAUCCAGUGUAUGCACGUUGUCAACUGAUGCCAAGAGUAACAUCAUACAAUUCUAUUUAUUCUGAUCAUAUUUAUUUACCAGCAUUUGCCAUCUCAUAGCUUGUCCUAACAAUGUUUUUACCACUUCAUCUUCUUGGUCCCUACUUUAAUUAUUUUCAACCACUUAAUACAUGUACAAAAAAAUGUAUCCAUUGCUUUGUCUGAUUUUUUUUUUUUUUUUACAGUUAAAGUUGACAUUGUAAAUAUUUGUAAUAUUUGUAAUUUAUAUAGCUACAUUGGAAGAGCAGAGAAUUAUUAUGAGAAGGGUUGACUAGUUUCCUGUGAGUUGCCAUAACUGUGUUGGCAGCAUAGGCCAGAUCUAGAGAUGUGCUUUCUCUCCACAGAAUGUACUAGUGAGUAAAAUGGAAGAAAUUUAGAUUUAACUGUGUGAAACCAUGUAAUGGUGGUGCAGGAUAUGAAUUCAUAUGUAAAUAUAUGUUGUAAUUUAAGUUCUUUUAUAGUUUAAAAAACAACAACUUUGAAAUCUUUCUUAACAUAACUUGUACAUGAUACAUUGCUGUAUUUGGAAAAUAUCUGAAAUAGUUCAUUUUUUAUAUUUGUACGCAGUAAUUGUCAUGCUUAGUUUGUCAUGUUGUCUUGUCUGUGUAAUAGUAGAAAUGUUCUGGGGAAAAAAAUAUGCCCUUGUUUAUUUCAUCCAUUUAGUUUUAUAUUAAUUAUUGUUGCUAUUCACUUUUGUGUUGGUGUGUACUGUGUGUUUUAAACAUGAUGUGUUUAAAUACGACGUGGAACAGAUAAAAUAUACCUUGGGCAAAA